UCAUGAAGAGCCAUGUUCGAUCAUGUCACGCAUACAGUAGUGCAAAGGAGGGAUCCCUUGGGACAGCUUGGCAAGUGCAAGUGCAGGACGACGGGACACUCACAAAGACAGACAGGGUAGACCUCAUCCCACCAUACCUCCGGCUACUGCUCUCCGACUUCUUUGAAAUGGGGAUUUUUCUCCUUCUGAUGCUCCUGUUCACAGGUGUGUGCCGUCUCUUCUCCUCUAUGCCACGUCAGUUCCAUGUGGUGAAAGAAAGCAAGACCUGGCUAGAAGCCCAGCGGUACUGCAGGGAGAACUUCGUUGACCUCGCCACCAUAGAUGACAUGGCAGAAAUAGAGAAGAUCACGAUUGCAAUGCAGAAUGCAGACGUUGUGCUGGUGGAAGUGGGGGCUUGGAUUGGGCUGAAGAAUGGGAAUAGUGUUAAGUGGCGCUGGUCGGAGGAUAGGGCUCUCCAUAGAGAUAAUGAGCCUGAGUUCAGAAACUGGGCUGAAGGCCAGCCAGAUAACAUACCUGUUAUGGAGGAGUGUGUGGCCAUGAACGGGAGGGGAGGGUGGCACAAUUACAAUUGCCUCGACAGCCGACGUUUUGUCUGUUGCAAUGGUAGAGACACAUUUGCGCUGGUACAAGAAAGAAAGAACUGGCUAGAUGCUCAGAGAUACUGCAGAGAGAGAUACACAGACUUGGCCAGCGUGAGAAACGAGAUAGAGAACCUAAUUGUCAAUCACGUUAGAGGACCAGCAGAUGGACAUGAUGAAGACACCUGGAUCGGCCUGUUCACAGACUCAUGGGAGUGGUCAGAUGGCAGCAACUCCUCCUUCCGCCACUGGUACUCUGGAGAGCCCAACUAUGCUAAUGAAAAUGGAGACUGUGCAGAAAUGUUUCUUUCUGGUCAGUGGAAUGAUGAAUCCUGUAACCAACAUAAAAUCUUCAUCUGCUCUGAUGUCAUGGUUCGAAGGACUCAGAUGGUGAGAGUGCAUCUGGAGGCGGAACCUCAUGUGGAUGUGAACGAUCCUAUGGUGCAGGCGGCCUUCCUCCAGCAGAUUGGGCAGAGACAGAAGGAGAAGGGGUUACCAGCAAAUACCAAGCUGAGCUGGAGCAAGCAACCCGAUGGAAAGGUGUUCCACAAGGAGAAGAAUGGCAAGAAGAAGAAGAAGAAGAGAGAUGAGCUUUAAACACACUUUGAGUUUGUUUACUCUUAAUAUCUCUGCUUUGAGCUUAUAUAGAAAAAUACUCACAGACGGCACAACACGUGCAGCACUGCAGAGGAGAGUUGAUUGGGGGUUCUUCAUCUUCCUGUUUUGUUUCUGG